ACUUCGACCCAGACCAACACGGCUACCUACCUGUAGUCAAGGUUGUUUUCAUAUUUCAUUCAUCAGGAAAGAGAAAGGAAAAGAUCUCUGCCAUACGUUCAGUCAGUAUUCUACCAGAAUGUUGAGUAAGCAAGCAUUUGACCUCUUUAGUGUUCAGACAAUUAGUGCAAAGGCAUCAGUUGAUAGAGAAACAUACAGGAUUGUAGCAUUUUUAGUAAUAACAAAAAAAGCAACAAAAAAAACUUGAAACAAAGUUGCAUUUCAGUGAGUGUUGCUUUUUUUGCAUUGAUUUAUAAUGCCUCUCUCCCCACCCGACUUUUUAGGCCUGACCACCAGCAUAACAUUGUGUGUGUGUGUGUCUUUGUCAAUUAAGAGACAUGUUUUGUUGCGUCUGGGGCAGAUGAAGGCAUUUGGUUGUAUCGCUGCAGAUGCACCAUGGCUUUCUUCUCUCUGCCCUCCUCCCAUAUUUAAAUCCCAUAUUUAAAAAAAUGAUAAAAAUUAUAUUUACUGUAUUUAAAAAUGGUAAAAAUAAUGGCAUAUAAAAAUAAAAUAUGGCAUACUUUUAAACGGUAAAAAUUAUCUACUAGACUUCAUUAUUAGUUAAUACGUACUGCAUCUUGAGUCAUGGAAGUGGGUUGGUUUCUUCUAGGCCUUGAAUCAUGUGGCUUCAGAAUGUUUUAUCAGCUUAAUGUUGUUUAAUGAGAUAUUUAAAAUAAUGUAAUGAAAAGGCAUGUUUGAAAUCUAAUACACAUUGAUGUGCCUGAUGGGAUACACUUUAGAGCUUUAAUUUAAGCCUGUGGAACGAUGGGAACUUGCUAAUUAAAAAGCAGAUUGUUUUCACUUUAGCACCAUAGCCAGUAAUGUGGCUGCAGAAUAGAGACAUAUUCAAACUGGAAAUAAAAUUUGCAUCAUGAAUUGGAAGUUAAGAUUCUUUCUUCUGUUUUCUAAAUUUUGAGGUGCUUCAUUGCCUUUUAAUUUUUACCUGUGCCAAGGAAUAUUGGUGUUGCUGAGUUCACUUAUAUUGAAUGGUCAGGUUCUGGUGGACGACAAAUCUAAUUUAGAGCCGAAUAUUAUUUAUUUUAUCUUGAAAUGUAACAUUAUGGUGUAUUGCCUAAAUCUAUGGUGGCUUAAUUUGAUCAUGUUAGAAUUUGCUACGUGUGCAGUGCAAUCCUAAGCAUAUUUGCUCAGAAAUAAGUCGGGCUGUGUUCAAUGGGAGAUACUCUCAGAUACAUAUGCAGAGGAUUGAAGUCUAAAAUGCUGUUUGCUAUGCAUGCCAGGGACAAACAUUUGGGUUGCAACCCCCUAUGUGCUUACCUAGAAGUAUGUGCCAGUGGAACUUACCUGCGUAGAAACAAAUAGGAUUGCACUGUAAUCAAACUUCUCUCUGCACAAUUUUACAUGACUUCAUUCUUCUCUCUUCCCCCAUCACUACUGAAAUCUGAUUUCCCCUCAGCAUUCCUGUUUGUCUCAACUGUGCUGCCUUUGCAACUUCUUUUCUCCUGUUGCUGUCAACUCAGCCUUGGCCACUUGACAAGUCUUGGUAUUGUUGCUGCUUCACUCCCUCCACUGAUCCUUGAACUUGGACAUUUUUCAGGACCCAUGUUCUGCUGUGUUGUCCAUUUCCAAGACAGUGUUAGCAUAUUUUAUUUUAUUUUUAUUUUAUCUUAUUAAGAUAGUUGCCUUGUUUGUCCUAGGCAGUACUGUAUUCUGAAGAUAUAUAGGAAGUCAUUGGAGUUGUCAUGCAAUGGAAUGUCUGAGACAUCAUUUUCAGAUUAAUUCCUUCAAGAUAGCAUAUCAGAAAAUUAGUUCCUCUGGCUAAGAAAAGUGGCCUUCCGUUGAAGCCUUCACCCAAAGGCUGGAGAGAUAAAACAAUUCUGCCGGGCGCUUUGGAAAUAGCUGACGACACGGGAUAAUGUGCUGAGUGGCACUAUGGGCAGGCGAUACCCAGGGGCUCACUAUCGUCAGAGCAAUUCAUUUGACUCCGGUGUGGAAACCUUGGCAGGUUUUAUGGCAAGCAACAGCGCGACGGACAUUGUGAAUCGGAACGGUCCUGCCACUCCGCCCAACACACUCCACCUGCGCUCCUCUCACAACGAGCUGCUGAAUGCUGAAAUCAAGCACACAGAAGUCAAGAACAGCACCCCUCCAAAAUGCAGGAAAAAAUAUGCACUGACUAACAUCCAGACAGCCAUGGGCCUUUCUGAUCCUGCUGCGCAGCCCCUGCUGGGCAACAAUUCUUCCAACAUAAAGCUGGUGAAGAAUGGAGAAAACCAGCUUAGGAAAGCAGCGGAGCAGGGGCAGCAGGAUCCUAACAAGAACCUGACCUCUCCUACGACUACCGCGGGCAUCAACAUAACUUCUGAGAAGUUGGAGGGGAAAGAGCCAAACCAGGAGGAUUCCUCAGGCAGCGAAAUACUACCGACACAACGGCGGAGAACCAAGAGCUUCCUAAAUUACUAUGCAGAUCUCGAGACAUCGGCAAGGGACGUUGAGCAGAAUUUGGGGAAUAGCCAAGUGGCAGGGGAGGAGAAACUGUCCUCGCAGUGCAAUAGCCAGGCUUCCACAGUGAUUGUUAAUGGGGAUGCCUUGCUUCGGAAACAAAACAAGCCAGCGAGUCCGGAAGACGGACAGGUAGCGACCAUAUCGUCAAGCCCGGAAACAAAAAAGGAUCAUCCUAAAACUGGUGCCAAAACAGACUGUGCGCUACAUAGGAUUCAGAACCUGGCUCCGAGCGACGAAGACUCUAGUUGGACAACGCUGUCUCAGGACAGUGCAUCUCCGAGUUCCCCAGAUGAAACAGAUAUAUGGAGUGAUCACUCAUUUCAGACAGAUCCUGACUUGCCUCCAGGCUGGAAGAAGAUCAGUGACAUAGCAGGGGUCUAUUAUUGGCACAUACCGACAGGAACAACCCAGUGGGAACGUCCCAUAUCCAUACCAACAGAACUUCAAGGCUCAAGAAAAGGCUCCCUUAGUUCGAUCACACCGUCUCCCUCUCCAGAAACGGAGAAACAGCCAUGGAGUGAUUUUGCUGUACUGAAUGGGGGAAAGAUUAAUAGUGACAUUUGGAAGGAUCUCCAUGCAGCCACGGUAAAUCCAGACCCCAGUUUGAAAGAGUUUGAAGGAGCAACAUUACGCUAUGCCUCUUUGAAGCUCAGAAAUGCCCCACAAUGCGAUGAAGACGAUUCCUGUAGCAUUAACAGUGAUCCAGAAGCCAAGUGCUUUGCGGUUCGUUCUUUGGGAUGGGUAGAAAUGGCAGAGGAAGAUUUGGCUCCUGGGAAAAGCAGCGUUGCUGUGAACAAUUGCAUCCGACAGCUCUCUUAUUGUAAAAACGAUAUACGGGACACGGUUGGCAUUUGGGGAGAGGGAAAGGACAUGUAUCUUAUCCUGGAGAACGACAUGCUAAAUUUGGUUGACCCCAUGGAUCGCAGUAUUCUUCAUUCACAGCCCAUCGUAAGCAUCCGAGUUUGGGGUGUAGGCCGUGACAAUGGCCGAGACUUUGCCUAUGUAGCAAGAGACCGAGAGACGAGGAUUUUGAAGUGCCACGUGUUUCGAUGUGACACGCCAGCAAAAGCCAUUGCCACAAGCCUGCACAAAAUCUGUUCUAAGAUUAUGGCUGAACGGAAGAAUGCCAAAGCUGUGGCUUGCAGUUCAUUACAAGAGCGGACAAACGUCACCCUGGAUGUUCCCUUGCAAGUAGAUUUCCCAACACCAAAGACUGAGCUGGUCCAGAAGUUCCAUGUACAGUACUUGGGCAUGUUACCUGUAGCUAAGCCAGUGGGUAUGGAAACCCUGAAUGCCGCUAUAGAAAGCCUCAUCGACUCCUCCAGCCGAGACGACUGGGUGCCUGUCACCAUGAAUGUCGCUGAUGCUACAGUGACGGUCAUCAGCGAAGGAAAUGAAGAGGAAAUUGUGGUGGAAUGUCGUGUGCGGUUCUUGUCUUUUAUGGGAGUGGGCAAAGAUAUCCAUACGUUUGCCUUCAUUAUGGAUACGGGGAACCAGCAUUUUGAGUGCCACGUUUUCUGGUGCGAGCCCAAUGCAGGCAACGUAUCAGAAGCCGUCCAGGCGGCUUGUAUGCUACGAUACCAGAAGUGCUUGGUAGCCAGACCUCCUUCACAAAAAGUCCGGCCGCCUCCUCCUCCUGCAGACUCGAUGACCAGAAGAGUCACGACUAAUGUAAAACGGGGGAUGUUGUCCCUCAUUGACACUUUGAAACAGAAACGUCCCAUUACGGACACGCCAUAGCAGCCCUGCAGGAAAAGAAAUGGUUUCUUAGAAAACAUCUAGCAGAAGAUACAGUAGCCACAUUAAAGAAGAUGAACUGAUUUUUGGCCUUCCAGUUUAAAUUGGUGAUGCUUUGUCUUCAGAGAAUUUACCCUUAUCAAAUAAUAUUAGACAAAAGCAUGUUCUCUCGUUCUUGCCACCAUCAUGUGAUAUGAAAAGAAGCAUGAUUAAUUUUUUUGCUGUGAGGUUUCGCACCAUGAAGUGGAAGGUCUGUUUUCCAACUGUGUAAAUAUUAUGAACGUUACUUAAAUUCACAAAUACACCAGAAAGCAAUAUGGCACAUUGCUCCUCGGAGAGAACCAUGCCCAAAUUGAUAUUCAUCCCCAUCCUGGUUGGGAUUUGUCACAAGCAGUCCUUGUAUCCUGCAGCACUUUGUCCUCAUUUUUAACACUGAAGUACAUACCAAGUAUUAGUUACCAUUGUAUUAUUGUAAUAAGAAUAUUGAGCUGCUUUUUUUUAAAAAAAGAAACUGCAUUCAUUAACCAAUCUUCCCUCUUGUGCACCCUAGUAACCAUUUUUCAUCUUCUGUCGGCCAGUUGGGUUUGCUUCAACACGGCAGUUUCCUAUGCAGAUUGCAGUUCGAUUGGAAGGAGCGUGCAAACGAUAUUAUAAUUGUGACAAUCACAUGUGUAUCAGUUUCAGUGACAUGCCGGUGCUGGGAAUGACCAUUCCCCAGGCAUAUGUAGGCACAAGAAAAUAAUGUGCUCUAUUGUCGCAUGGUAUUAACUACAUUUGGUUUGCAUGCUUUUUUCUUGUAAAGAAGCACUGCCCCCGUAGCAGAUCAUCACCUUUGAAAUGCCCUUCAGUUUUGAAAUCGAGCUUGUCAUUUAGGAAUUCAGAGAGCAGUCUGAGAGCAUAUGCUGGGGUUUUUGUUUCGAAACAUAAAUCGCAGCACUAGUGACACUAAGGCUCAAGCGCUUCUUAGCAUUUUCUAUAGAUGUUGGUCUAUGCUUUUAAAUGUUUCUACUCUGAUACAGGCAGGAAGCAAAGGUAAGGACCUGAUAGGUGCAUGAGGUUAAAAAUAGUAAAGCCAAAAUGUACUGGUACCAGUCGUCUACAAGGAUCAGUGCAUCAGAAAUGGAAUUUCAGCAAUACAGCAUGAGUAAAACCUCUUUAACUGAGAAGGGGAAGGAAGAUUAAGGUAUCCUGUUACUUUUCCUAUGACAGGGUUUGCAUUAGGUAACUGUGAAUGUGCAUGGGUUUUUCCUUACUUGAAUUCUGUCACUAGAACUAUGUCCUGUAUUUCAUUUCUUCCCAUAGAGGUUGGGUGCUGAGCGCACCUAAAUGACAUUUUUGCUGUACAAGAUCUCUUUUAAUUUGCAGCCUUCCAAGGAGCUAUGUUUUACUUUGGUUUUAAAUUAAGAAAUUAUGUGAUCUCCCAAUAGAUUUUGUAAUACCCACCGACCAUGAUGUUUGACCUUUGCAAUGCCAAGUGAAACUUGUUGCAAAUCCCACGACCAACUCCGCACGCUAGUUCCUUCUAACUGCACCUUAUGCUAUGUGUUUUGGAUAGUUUUUAAUAUUUUUCAUGUGUAAUGUGUCGCACAUUUUCACUUGCACAGCUGCCAAAGGAAAAGCCUUAGAACCCAUUCAUGCCUUGGGGCCAUGGCAGAGGUCAGGCCCCAGAGUGGUGAAUGUACAAUUGAAGAGGGUAAGGGAAGGCAAGCUUGGGUUUGUGCACUCUCCUCCAGACCACAAAAAACUACUAAAGAGGAGAUUAUAUCAAUGCAUACAGGAGUAAGCCACAAAACCUCCUGUUUGUUCACAAGUGCAAUGUGGAGCCAUGUGUGAAUCAGUCUGUAGUAGCCCAACAAUCUGUAGUGUAAGGAAUUAGGCAGAAUACUGCACUACUGUCAAUCAGUAGUGUCAGUCCUGAAAGGUGUCAAGAUAAAGAAUGCUCCUUCCAGUUAUUUCUUGCACAAAUAUUGCUUCCAUUUAGGAAAAGCAAUGCGCACAAUCAUGCAAGUGUGUUUUGACAGAAUUUGUACCUCAUUGUAGCUUGACACCUUGAUUGCGCACUGCAAAACAGACAUGAUUCUGUUGGAGCUGCAUGUGCUGUUUCAGUACACAAAAAUGUCUGUGUGUGCAAGAGUUUCUUGUGCUUCUGAAGCAGACAGAAAUAGACUGGAGAAUGGUAGGAAGAGGAGCAACUAGGAAAAGCAGAGAGUUGGGGGGGGUGUGAUGUCCACUGCUCAAAAAAAACCCCACACAUCUCAGCAUCCACAGCUGCUUCCAUUUGGCUCGCAUAUCCUAAAAGGUUUCUCUUCCUUUUCCCUCCGCUGAGGAACAGCUGCUGGCAAACCAAGCAUUGUGCUCACUUGCUUUUACCUCUCUAAAGGCAGCAGCAUUGGGCUUGCUUUCAUGCACAUGUUUAUCACUUGAUCAGUACCACUUCGAGAAGUGGCUUGCAUGUGUGACUGAGACACCGGACCACAACCCCUUCCAUAUCACCUCAAACACACUGCUGCUCAGUGGAGCUAGGUCACACAUCCAAGUGUAGGUCACCAAUUGCUGAAUCAUCAAUUCAGGCAUGUGUGAAUUAUCCCAAAUUGUCCCAAGAGCUACAAAAUGGAAAACUUAGCAACUCCCCCCCCCCCCAUUUUUAUGAUGUAUAGUUUGCAGGUUAACAAGACCAGAAAUGAGCCUAUGCAUAAAGAGAUAAAAAAAAAAGUGACUAAACCCUUAUAUUCUAGUUAACUUUACAUAGGUAGUAAGGUCCGUUACCUUCCAAGAGAAGUACCGUAACCCUAAGGAGUGUAGCCUCAUGGCUUUAUUACUCUAAAAGUCACAUCCAUUGUACUUCUAAAGUAGGCAAAUGCUUGGGUCUGCCUUUGCUAAGGUAUUACCAUUCUCAGUUCCCUCCUGAAAAAAAUAAUCUGGCUCACUCUCUCCAUUUUUAGAAAGUACAUGCUGUCUACUAGCAGCUCUCCUCCUCAAAUAAUUUUUUUAAAAAAAAUAAUCAUAAAAUUACACACCAAUAAGUUUCUGUUAUAUGGCUAUGCUCCAUUAUCAUUAAAUAAGCAGGAAACCUUAACUCAUUUGUGUCUUAAUUGGCAUCAAGUUUUUCUGGAGUAUGACCUUUUCACAUUCAGAAGAAAAUGCAAGGCACGCUUGCUGAAAACAUUGAGUAGACCAAGCAUUUCUUUUUCAAGUAGCUUUUGGAUUAGUUGCAGAGCCUCAAAAGCUUUAAAACUUUUUAUUGUUAUUAUUUUCAGUAUUUUAAGUCCCACCAGCUGAGAGUUGCAUCCCACUCCUUAAAAAUCAAACUUGUUAUAAGCUUAUUUUAUCUGAACCUUCUUUAUGGAAUCUCCAUGUGUAGAGGUAGUGUCUCCAAAUACCAGAUGCUGAGGACUAAAUAGGGAAGGCCACACUUGUGAGCUCCCAAAGGGCAUCAGGCUGGCCACUGCUGGAAACAGAAAGUAGCAAGGCAGUUCUUACCAGACAAAAAAAACAAAACAUUUCUCAAUGAUGGCCAAAAUACAUGUAUGGGUUGAAUGCGAACAAAUGCCAAUGACUUACUCAAUGUUGUAGUGACACUUCUGUUAUCUAUGCAUUCUUUAUAAUUGCACAAGGCAGCCAUGUUCACUAUGCCUUGGACGUUUCAUGUCUUUUUUUGAUUAACUUGUUAAAUACAGCUUAAAUAUUUUUAUUUUAUUUAUUCUAUUUUUACUGAAAUAUUCUUCGAUUAUGUUGACAUAUCUUUAUUACUGGAUGUGAUCUCACACCAGUGCUAAGUAAUCUCAGUGUACUAUAGGUUGCCUAAAGACAGAGGAUUUUUGUAAUUAUUUGUAGUCACCUUUUUAAUUAACUGAAUAUGUAGAAGUAAAAUGGCAAAAAUAACAUGUAAAGCUAACUUCUAUUAUUUUUAAAAAACACAAAAAGCAAGUUAGAUGCUGCUCUCACGGACCACCUCAUUUGCGUACUCCAUUGAAGGAAGGGAGAUUGUUACCCAGUCAUUUGUGAUAGCUUAAUUAAUGCCUUUUUUCUGCCCCAACCCACAGCAGUUCUUUGAUGCUGCUUGUUGCUUCGUUUAUACAAAACAAGUACUAUUUCUUUAAAAACAUGUUUUUUCAUACAGAUGAAUGCCUAAAAAACGGAAAUUUGCAUGGAACGCCAUCAAUCCUACUUCUGUAACAAAGAGUUCUUAAUGAUAAACUUUGUGUGCAAAGCCUUUAAUAGCAGAGUAGAAGAAAACCUACAGAAAGCUGAAUACAAAGAUGGCACCGUCUACAAAGCUUUAAGAACUUGUUUAUUUGUUAAAGAACUCUGCAGUCAAUUAAACAGAUCACAUAUGGAGGGAAACUGCUAUUUUUAUCGCAUUAGCUCACAAAAGCUGAGCCUCUCUAGAGCUCUAUCAUUACCAUCAUUAGCUCCUCUCUUUGGCAGGCAUAGUUAUUUUGAGGGAGAGAAGUGUGAAUAGCAGAAGUAGGUUUGAUUUAUUUCACUAUCUGCAAAAGAGAAAGGAGAAAAUACACACAGUUUAUCAGUAAGAGCUCUCGGCAUUAUGUGAAGUAGUUGAUUUUAAAACAGAAAAGUGUUUUUUUCAACAUUAUCCACUUUUUACACAUUUAAAUGUAAUCUGUUGCAAGAAUAAAUUUAGCUGCAUUAA